UCCAAUCAAAGACACGCUCUCUUCUUCUUCUUCUUCUUUUUCUGAUCUAGUACAGAAAGAAUCUGAAGAAAAUAAACCCAAGAAAAAAUUAAUAAAACUAAUAAAACCCCAAAACUAUGCUGUCAAAAACCAAACAUCCUAAGAUCCAACCCCAUUAAAUUCAAAACCCAAAAAAAAAAAAAAAAUCCAACAAAAAAAAAAAAACUCAAAAAACAAACAACAAUGGCAUCAGGAAGCAGAGCAGCUCAUUCCCAGUCCUCCUCACCUCCCAACACCCGAAUUUCUUCCCAUCAUCAUCAACAUCAUCAACACCAUCAACACCAUCAUCAUCAGCAGCAGCAGCAGCAGCAGCCGACCGAGUCCGUGAACAUGUCGAAAGCAGUAGCCCAGUACACUCUGGACGCCCGACUGCACGCAGUUUUCGAGCAGUCGGGCGAGUCCGGUCGGUCGUUCAACUACUCGCAGUCAAUAAUAAAGACCUCCACGACCACCCCUGACGAGCAAGAGAUCACCGGUUACCUCUCCAAAAUCCAGCGCGGCGGCCACAUCCAGCCCUUCGGCUGCACCCUCGCCGUCCACGAGCCCACUUUCCGCCUCAUCGCCUUCUCCGAAAACACAGCCGACAUGCUCGGCCUCAACCACAACAGCAACUCCCCUUCGUACUCCAUAACUGUCCCCAACUUAUCAGAAAAACCGACCGAAACCGACCGUUUAUUAACCAUUGGCACUGACGUACGGACACUCUUCACGCCUUCCAGUUCCAUCCUCCUCGAAAAGGCCUUCGCCGCCCGCGAAAUCACUCUCCUCAACCCGGUUUGGAUUCACUCCAAGAGUUCAGGAAAGCCUUUUUACGCAAUUCUCCAUAGAGUGGACGUUGGUGUGGUUAUAGAUUUGGAGCCCGCGAGGACGGAGGAUCCCGCUCUAUCCAUCGCCGGGGCGGUCCAGUCGCAGAAGCUCGCCGUGCGGGCGAUAUCCAAUUUGCAGUCUCUCCCCGGCGGGGACAUCAAAUUGUUGUGCGACACUGUUGUGGAGAGUGUUAGGGAGCUUACCGGGUAUGAUAGAGUGAUGGUGUACAAGUUUCAUGAGGAUGAGCACGGUGAGGUUGUGGCUGAGAGCAAACGAGCUGAUUUACAGCCCUACAUUGGGCUUCACUAUCCCUCGACCGAUAUCCCGCAGGCGUCACGGUUCUUGUUCAAGCAGAACAGGGUGAGGAUGAUUGUGGAUUGCCAUGCUUCUUUGGUCAGGGUUGUGCAAGAUGAGGGGCUAAUGCAACCUCUUUGUCUUGUGGGGUCUACACUUAGAGCUCCUCAUGGUUGUCACACUCAGUAUAUGGCUAAUAUGGGGUCUAUUGCUUCUUUGGUUUUGGCGGUUAUUAUGAAUGGGAGUGAAGAGGAAGCUGCUUCAUCCAUUGGUGGGAGGAAUUCCAUGAAGUUGUGGGGGUUGGUCGUUUGUCAUCAUACUUCAGCUAGGUGUAUUCCUUUCCCUUUGAGGUAUGCUUGUGAGUUUUUGAUGCAGGCUUUUGGGCUGCAACUGAACAUGGAGUUGCAAUUGGCAUCCCAAAUGUCCGAAAAACAUGUUUUGAGGACUCAAACUUUGUUGUGUGAUAUGCUUCUAAGGGAUUCUCCAACUGGGAUUGUUACUCAGAGUCCUAGUAUUAUGGACUUGGUGAAGUGUGAUGGGGCUGCGCUUUACUACCAAGGGAAGUACUACCCUCUUGGGGUGACCCCGACGGAGGCGCAGAUUAAGGACAUUGUGGAGUGGCUGCUGGCUUUUCAUGGGGAUUCGACGGGACUGAGCACAGACAGCUUGGCCGAUGCUGGAUAUCCCGGUGCAGCCACGCUAGGAGAUGCGGUUUGUGGCAUGGCUGUGGCUUACAUCACCAAGAAGGAUUUUCUGUUCUGGUUUCGGUCCCACACUGCAAAGGAGAUCAAAUGGGGUGGUGCAAAGCAUCACCCCCAGGACAAGGAUGAUGGCCAGAGGAUGCACCCUCGAUCCUCAUUCAAGGCCUUCCUGGAGGUGGUGAAGAGCCGAAGCCUACCAUGGGAGAACGCAGAGAUGGACGCAAUACAUUCUUUGCAACUCAUUCUGCGUGACUCAUUUAGGGAUGCUAAGGAGAGUAAUUCGAAGGCUGUUGUUAAUGCUCAGCUCGGGGACCUGGAGCUGCAAGGGAUGGAUGAGCUGAGCUCAGUUGCGAGGGAAAUGGUGAGGUUGAUAGAGACAGCGACUGUGCCGAUAUUUGCUGUGGAUGUCGAGGGGCGCAUAAACGGUUGGAAUGCAAAGGUUGCAGAGUUGACGGGGCUCUCUAUUGAGGAAGCAAUGGGGAAGUCCUUGGUCUAUGAUCUUGUUUAUAAAGAAUCUAGCGAAACUGUUGAAGAACUCCUUUACCGGGCUUUAAGGGGGGAAGAGGAUAAGAACAUAGAGAUAAAGAUGAGGAGAUUUGGCGCGGAACACCAUAACAAACCUGUUUUUGUUGUGGUCAAUGCUUGUUCUAGCCGGGAUUACACAGACAAUAUAGUUGGAGUUUGCUUUGUUGGGCAGGAUGUGACUGGCCAAAAAGUGGUAAUGGACAAAUUCAUUAACAUACAAGGCGAUUACAAGGCCAUUGUUCAUAGCCCCAAUCCUCUUAUACCUCCCAUAUUUGCAUCAGAUGACAACACAUGUUGUUCAGAGUGGAACACUGCGAUGGAGAAACUCACCGGAUGGUCUAAAGAGGAGAUCAUCGGGAAGAUGUUGGUCGGAGAGAUUUUCGGUAGUUGUUGCCGGCUAAAGGGUCCAGAUGCUUUGACAAAAUUCAUGAUUGUUUUGCACAAUGCCAUUGAAGGGCAGGACACAGACAAGUUUCCCUUCUCGUUCUUUGACCAGGAUGGGAAAUACGUGCAGGUUCUCUUGACGGCGAACAAGAGGGUUAACAUGGAGGGACAGGUCAUUGGGGCCUUCUGCUUCUUGCAAAUCGCGAGUGCUGAGCUACAGCAGGCCAUCAAAGUUCAGAGGCAACAAGAGAAGAGAAGUUUCUCUAGGAUGAAAGAGUUGGCCUACAUUUGCCAGGAAAUAAAGAACCCUCUGAAUGGUAUAAGGUUUACUAACUCACUCUUGGAGGCAACUGAAUUAACAGAAGAUCAGAAGCAGUUUCUUGAGACGAGCGCCGCUUGUGAGAAGCAAAUGUUGAAGAUCAUAAGGGAUGUUGAUUUGGAUAGUAUUGAAGAUGGUUCGUUGGAGCUUGAGAAGGCAGAGUUCCUGCUUGGUAGUGUUAUAAACGCUGUUGUUAGCCAAGUAACGACAUUGCUGAGGGAAAGGAAUCUGCAGCUGAUUCGGGACAUCCCCGAAGAGAUUAAAACAUUGGCAGUUUAUGGUGAUCAAGUAAGAAUUCAACAGGUUCUGGCUGAAUUCCUCUUGAAUAUGGUGCGUUACGCUCCGUCUCCUGAAGGUUGGGUUGAGAUUCUCGUUCGUCCAAGCUUAAAAGUUCAUGAUGGUCACACUCUGCUUCACACUGAAUUCAGGAUGGUAUGCCCCGGCGAAGGCCUUCCUCCCGAGUUGGUUCAAGAUAUGUUCCACAGCAGCCGAUGGAUGACUCAGGAAGGUCUCGGGCUGAGCAUGUGCAGGAAGAUCUUGAAGCUCAUGGAUGGCGAUGUUCAGUAUAUCAGAGAGUCAGAAAGAUGUUACUUCUUGAUUAUUCUUGAACUUCCCAUUCGACGAAGAGGCUCAAAGAGUAUUAUUACUCAUGACUAAGUUGAUUGACACCCAAAAUUCACCUAAGCUUCUCUCCUAAUAUCAGCCCUAAAAGAAUAUAUGCUUCUUCUAAUGUCUACUCUACCAUGAGCAUGGUUUGAAUUUUGAUAACUAGUUAUAGAUCAAACCUGAACCGAGGCAAAAGCGAUUCGGUUCAAGGGGCUUUCAAUAAAAAUCACUCCCACCCCAUUUUGGCCCUGCUAUUUUCCCUCACGCUAUGACCAAAUCACCAACCUUUCUACUCAAUGUAACAUAGUAAAAAAAAAAAAAAUUUCUAGGCCAAGUUAAGUCUUGAGAGACUAUAUGUUCAUAAAUGAUAUACAGUAUGCUAAUUUGGAGGUGUAAUGCCAUUUGUUUUUCCUUUCCAUCAUUAAGGAUCAAGUGGUGGUCAUCUGAGAUUGUUGUUGAAGCUUCGAAGAUCAAAAGCAUGUCGCGAUUUUGGACGCGAGAUUCUCAUAAUCCUUUUUGUACAAAAAUUGUACUCUCUAUCUAAAUAAAUUGUGCUUCACUUCCUCAAGAGUGCUCAUAACAGUUGGUGUACUGUAGCCUGCUCCUGAGUUGGUCCCUCCUUUCCCUCUUUUUGUACAUUUCAUCUUACUGUGGAAUAAUAAAACAUCAAUA